UUGUUGGAAGAUGAAUUAAAAAAAAAUAUUUUUUAUUCUAUUAUACCUUGUCUGUAUCAGUUGAAAAUAAAUAUUCCGUAAGAUUAAACUGCAAAAUAUUGUGAUUAUCAAAAUGAUAAGCAUUGCAUUCAAAUUGAAAAAUGCCAAAAUUCUUUUUGCAAUCGGAUUAUUUGUAUCAUUGGUAAUUGGUGGAUGUGCUCUUGUAAAAGAGAGGACAAAUUCUCAAAUAUCUUUUUAUAAAUCAUCUUCGCGAAUAAUUGCUGAUAACCUCGUGAAUUUUCUUGCAAUUACGGUUGUUCUCACUAUCAACUUAUAUUACAGCGCAAAAUUAUUAGAAGGAAUUGUACAUCGGUUACCAUUCAAAAUACUUCCAUGGGUUUUAAUCAAUGGAGUAAAUUUGAUUCAACUUUCCGUUCAUUUCUUUACAAUUGACACGAUUAUUGGAUAUUUGACGCUUGUUGUUUUCAGUUAUAUUUGGUUGACUAUGCUCUUCCUUUUCUAUGAAAUUUUAAAAGCCACAAAAGAAGAAAAUACAGUUUGCAACCAACCAGCUUCUGCACCUACAGUUGAGACCAUUGAAAUUCCAUACAACACUUUCGGAAAUGAUAAACGAGAAGAUUAAUUUUCAACCAAUUAUUUUAAUUUCUUUCUUGACAGAUAAAU